AUGGAUGUUAUACUGGAGGUUUUCGACACGUACGCGUUCGAUCGACUGUAUGCGACCGUUCUGCCAUUGACAUCGUCAAUGCUGGCCAUGAGCACUGUCGGUGACUUUGCUGGUACUCCCAAUGCUACCUGGUCUACCAUGGCCCGUGGUGUUACCCCCUACAAAUUCGAGCCUGCGAGCCAGUACUUCUCGGUCGAGCCUAGUUCAUAUGCCUACAUGAGCCGAUGGCCACGAGACAACAUUGCCAGACAGGCUAUCUCCUUGUUCCUUAUCACAUGGGUCUUUGGUUUGCUAAAUUACUUCGUCUGCGCCGGCCUCUCAUACAUCUUCGUCUUCGACAAGACAACGGUUCACCACCCCAAGUUCCUCAAGAACCAGAUGCGCCUCGAAAUUCGUCAGGCUCUCGAAGCCAUGCCCGUCAUGGCUGUUCUCACCGUCCCCUGGUUCUUGGGUGAGGUCCGCGGCUACUCCAAAAUCUACGACGUCUUGCCUGAGAGUUCAUCGUGGAACCUUGGUGGCUGGUACCUGCUUCUCCAGUUCCCCUUCUUCGUCUGCUUCACCGACUUCUUCAUCUACUGGAUUCACCGCGGCCUGCACCACCCCAUGGUUUACAAGAAGUUGCACAAGCCUCACCACAAGUGGAUCAUGCCCUCGCCUUUCGCCUCGCACGCUUUCCACCCUCUUGACGGCUACGCUCAAUCGCUGCCUUACCACGUCUUCCCCUUCAUCUUCCCUCUACAGAAGUUCGCCUACAUUGCUCUCUUCAUGUUUAUCAACAUCUGGACCGUCAUGAUCCACGACGGUGAAUAUGUCGCCAACAGUCCUGUCAUCAACGGCGCCGCCUGCCACACCAUGCACCACCUGUACUUCAACUACAACUACGGACAAUUCACCACUCUCUGGGAUCGCCUCGGUGGCAGCUACCGCAAGCCCAACGACGAGCUCUUCCGCCGCGAGACAAAGAUGGGCCAAGCCGAGUGGCAACGCCAGGUCAAGGAGAUGGAGCACAUUGUCAAGGAGGUUGAGGGCGAGGAUGAUAGAAGCUACGAGCCCGAGACCAAGAAGGUCCAGUAG